UUUCCACGAGGUGAGCAAUGCGAGAUUCAAAAGUGAGUGAUGCUACUGUAGCCAGUGCACUUCAAGGAGCAUCAUUCGGAGAAUAACUAUCCAUCCCAACGGGCAUCAAACAACUCGCAACUUAAUGCAACAGUUAGACCUGCUCUCCUCGCCAUUUUUUGCAGAUGAAAAGUGGCUCUCUAGUUAAAUAGCUUAUAUUUAACCUCUAAAUAUUGUUGGUAGUUGGUGUGAAAUGAGUUAUAAUUCACCGUAACAGUUAUUGCACAUGAGAGAAGAUCGGAUUAGUAUCUGAACAGGUAGCAACCAUGCAGCAAAGUGCUAUAUAUAUAAAUAAAAACGAACCAUGAACUGUAAUUAGCCUUCAGUAUGGGCAGUUUGAAUGGAUUUAAUUUAAUAUCUACUGUUAAAUCAUCCUCUUGACCCUUGGUAAGGUAAUAAACAGCACAUGACACUGUAAUUAUCCGCCAUUAUGCCCACUGCAAAUAGUCCUUAGAAGACAUCUAUGAAACAAAAGAAUAGAGAUUUUCAUUCUAUGUCCACUGAUUCUACGCUAAAAAUGAAACUGAUAGUUUAAUAGUUGACUCAAUAUUGUACCGUGUUGAGCGUGUUGGUCUGUAUUGUAAUAAACUAAAAGUCAAUAGUGAAACAGUCAAAGGUGCCUAUAUGGUGCACUUGAGGGUUCCAAAAAACAUUUAACCUAAGCAUCGUAUGAACAUAAUUAACAUUUUUUUGCUGGACAGGUUGACCCGCAUUUGCUUCUCCCUGACGUCAAGUUAAACACUAAUAACUAAUGAAUGUGUUUAUGCUGAAAUGGAAAACCUGGAUAAGGGACUGACAUUGUUCCAAUUUGAGGUAUGCAGAAAUAUGAGAAGGGAAGCUAGAUGUUUCUAGUCUCUACCAUUGUGAUAAUUGGUUCUGUCAAAAUGUAAAUCAGUAAAACUAUAAAGGCCACAAAAAUAUAUUUUAAAGAAAAUUCAAGAGCCACGCUGCAAUGUAGCCAGUCUCAUUUUAACUUUAUGUUAUCUGAAACACAGAUUUUAGUUUGAGAAGUGGUAUUUAAACGGCUUGAAGUUGGCAAUGGCAUUUCUUUUUUAUUUGCUUGUGUGGUUUUCUGUUAUCACAUAGUGUACAGUAGGAAAAGAGUGAACUUCCUUGAAGUAAUAACUAGAAGUCAUGCUAUCAAAUGUAGUGGUCAAAUGCUUCAGGGAUUCCACCGGUUUAAGUAGUGUGGGCAUAAUCCAAAUAAGCAGCCACAUACAGAUACACCUGCAAUUUACCAAAAGUGAAACCUCUGCUGUAUAAUGUGGUUUUUCAUCCAACACUGCCAUGCCUCAUUGUGUUUUUCCUUAGUCUCAUCCAAUACAUUUUUGGUAAUGGCAGAAUACAAGCACCGAAACCUGCCAUUAAGAGCUAUAUGUAUAAACAAUAAGAAUGUUGAAAAUAACUUUUGCCUCCAUAGUACUGAUAAAAAAAGAAUUGGCAACAGUUCUGAUAUCAUGGUAAGUUGUUAUAAAAGAUUAAAAUCUGAAUUGCUAAGAUUUGUAUGUCUUCACCCAACGUAAAUAUAUGUACUGGCUCACGACAAUAAGAAAUAUGAGCCUGGCAAAUAGCAGAACAGAUCAAGUCAUAAAAAACAUUGUAUAUAAAAUAUUUGUAGUAUGAAAUUGAAAAUAUAAAAUCCAAUACAAUCACUUAUUAGACUCUAACCUGCUAUUGAAUGCAUAGUAAGAAAAGUAUUAUGAAUCAUAGCACUGUUCCCCUCUAUGACUGUCGUGUCUGUUUGAAUUUUGUUUUCUUUCAGCUUUAAGAGCUUCUCCGCUGAACACGGAUGAGGAAACUUGCAUAAAUGAAGGAAAAUGUCAACGCUGUAACUCAAAGGCAACAAGAACUGCUUCUCAAUAAAGCUAUUCUAAGCAAUUUUGAAAUUAGGUGGAACUCGUCUACUUGUCAAAAAGACAUUUUACCCUUUGAUCAUAAGCUCAUCUUCCUGGCUACCCCACUCGUUUUGGAAGUAGAGUGCGGGCCGUGGAUGAUCAAGUGGGAGUAGCAGCACCAGAAGUAAACAAUCUGGAGAAAGGAAUUUUAGAUUUAAAGUGACAUUCGAGUAGUUCUGAAAAAGUAGCAUAACUCAACCUUUGGGUAAAGUUUGUCGUUUCAACAGUCAGUUAUCAUUGUUGGCCGCUCCUAUUGCUGGAGGUUUGGCCCCUGCACCCCCAUGUGCCAGUGAGUGGGAAAUGUUCCAAUUUGGAAAGUAUAAUUUGGACAUUAUAGAGAUGUUAAGUGGGCACCAGGCCCACCAGUUCAAAGGCCUUGGUUUAGAUCGACAACUUCAGCAUCAACAGCAAGUGCAACUUCACCAGCAUCAACUCCAGCAGCAGCAGCAGCAUCAGCAGGCUGAAUCUUCUGGAGCCCUUCUGUCUGGACUUGGCUUGGGCCCCCUGCAGGGGUCUAGAGGCUACCAUGAUGACCACCGUUCUCAAGGUAAUCCAUCUCCAUGCUACUCUGGUGCCUCCCCCUGUGGAAGUGGGAUGCCAGGCCCAGCUCUGAGAAAGGCACCCUUGGCCCCAACACUGCAUCCACAUUCACAGAGCCACGGCCAGCACCACCAUCCUCAGCAACAGCCCCACCUGCCCCUUUCUUCUCUACUGGAUGACUCAGAGGAUGAUGUCACUAGCUCUGUCAAUAAUGCAAUCUCUGCGAUAACAGCAGCUAGUAACAGUGGAAAUAGAGGGGAUGAUAGGGGAGACAUCAUAGGAGGUCUGCUGGGUGGUCUUGGUUUAGGUCCUUUGGGCUCACCUUCAUCCACCUCUGGUAUGGAUAAGAAUUUCAGAGGUGGUGGGAGCCAGGAGGCUAUGAGCACUAACCCACAGAAUCCUACUUCCAAACCAAAACGUCCGCGUAAACCCAGAGCUAAGAAAGAUCCUGCAGCUGGUGGACAGCCCCCCAAACGUAGGCAGUACACCCCCAGAAUGGGGCCCAGUGGGCUCCCACGCACUCACCUCUGCAGUGUCUGUGGUAAAGGAUUUGCACGCCGUGAGACCUUACGCAGGCAUGACCGCAUCCAUACUGGAGAAAAGCCCCAUCACUGCACUGUUUGUGGAAAGUAUUUCAGAGAAGCUUUUCACCUUAGCAAGCAUCAAACAGUCCACUCUGGGGCAAAGAAUUACAAAUGCAGCAUUUGUGGGAAAGAGUUUGGUUACUCCCAGAGCCUCAGGAGGCACAGCAAACUCCACCAGAAAGGGGAGCUGGAAGAGGUGCCCACAACACCAGCUCCGGAGAACCUUAACAGCUUUAACCCAAACCCUCAAUGUAGCGUGGCCCAGGAAAGGAGCCAGAACCAAGCACCAAGCACCUCCUCCUAUUACCCCUACUCUCAAGAUGUCAAGCCUCAAGACACCAACCCCCAGCCUCCACCCCCACCCCAACCACAAGCCCCACCUCCACCUCGACUGUACACCUGUGCUAUAUGUUGGAAGUCUUUCCGCCAUCAUUUCCAUCUGACUGCUCACCACCAGACGGUUCAUGAAGGCGGGGGGGAAAAGCUCUUCUGCUGUGAGGUAUGUGGGAAAGCAUUUGCCUACUCCAAUAGCCUCACAAGACACAGGCAGUCACAGCAUGGGAUGACCCGUGCUGAAACAUCUAACCCUCAAGAAGGCAGUAGUUUGUCUGGAGACAACCGAGGUGGGAGUGAUGUUAAUCAGUCAACAUCAGAGAGCGAGGCUGCCACCAAUGUCCUGCUACAGCUGGCUCCUUCCGCAGAGGGUCAUGGAGGACAGAGUCACAGUGUUGUGACUCAUAGCCACCAACAGGCACCCCCACAACCUCCAGGUGGUUACUCCCCCCUCUUUUAUGAUGCUGCAGCAGCCCAGCCUUCAGCCUCUAAUGCUCCAUCUUAUUCGCAGCCUCUGCCUCCAAACUCCACAAUCAUGCCCCCACACCAUCCACAUUCCCCAGCUGGGGUGAAAGGAGAGCACAUAUACCCAGCUGGAUCCCGUAGCCGUACCCUUCACACCACAGCCCCGUUCCAGCCGCUUACGGAACUGCCCUCUACUGAACAUCAUCAUCUGCAUCACCAUCAUCAUCACUCCCACCAUCAUCUCCAUCAUCAGUCAGACACCCAGUCCCACCAACACCUUGACUGCAGCAACCAGUUAUCAAACGAUGAUAUGAGACGAUUCAAGAAGAAAAAAAAAAAGUCCGACAGGAGAGAUUGGAGGGAAAAUAAAUGGGAUUCCCAGGAUUUAGUCAGAUAUGAUGGAAGCAAAAAGAAGAGAAAGAUAAGUUGUACAAUAAGAGGGCAGUUGAAUAAAAAGCAAGGCUCUCUUCGUUUGACAAUUAGGCGUGGAGGAGGAUCAGGUGGUGGUGGGUACAAGCUUGUCAACACUGGGGGGAUGAAGGUGCAGAUCCUGUCAUCUCUCAAAGUCCCUGUGAAACGUUUUGGCUGUCCUAUAUGCCCCAAUUCUGUGUUUUCCCGCAAAGCGGGACUUCUAGUCCACAUGGCAGUUAAACAUUCACAAAAAGUCUCGACCACUCAGGAGCGACUGAGCUGCACUGUAUGUGGGAAGCAGUCUCACGGGCCUUUGGCGGCCUUUGUCCAUCGGGCCUCCCAUCGUGCUAAAGGGACUUUCUCCUGUCAACGCUGCUCUGCUCGCUUCUGGAAUGCUACACUUCUCCACAGGCACAAGGUGUCCUGCCGCCGCAGGGCUAAAGGACUUCAGCGAGGUGAUGAUACGAUGCUUAGGCUUUUAAAAAGACCAGGAGAGGGAGAGGCCUUCAAGGGUCAGGAGGAGAUGCCACUCCUACAGGAACCAUACAGAUACUGAACCACUUAGCAUCUGAAUAUUGGCAUAAAAGAGGGAUAUUUCAGGUUUAAAAUGGGAAGGUGAGAGAAAAAGGGACAUGAAAAGGCAUCCACUGCCUUGAGGAGAAUACGCCUCGUGUCUCUGUUGACUGACAUGUUUUCUGCUGACUUUUAGAAUGAGUGUGUUAACAACUACUGUAGAGCAUCCAAUAAAAUAUCACCAGAUAUUCUUCCAGUUUAUAUUGGAAGAUGUCUUUAAAGACGUGACUGUUUGCAUAGGAUCAUUAACCCCUUAAGUGCAUUGACACUAUGCUUGGCUGACACUGUGCAGUUACUAGACAAGUUUAGUUGAAAUGACCUGCUAAUGUAUCUAUCUUUCCCAUAACUAGAAUCCCUGCUACAUUUUGCUGUAUGAUAAACGUCUCUGCUGUGUACUCUGUCUUGGUGUUGUUCACGUAGAGGCUCUGAGGAAUUUUUUUUAAAUGUAAAGUGCAUUUAUUAGGAGUAGGGACAUGGAGACAAAGACCUUUGUUGAUAGUUUGUCAGUGCAUGUUUGUUCUCUGGUCAAGUUUUUUGCUGAGGUUGUAAAAUCACUCCUACAGUAUGUGAUGGUUUAUUCAGUAUAUCCCCGAAAGUUUGUAGUGUAAAACUUGAUUUAAAAGUUACUCUAUAUUCCCUAGUGAUUUAAUCACAUAUAGAUAAAAUGUCAAAUUUGCUGGUAAUUAGCAUUACAAGGAUCCCUCUCCUGCCAAAAUGAAGAAACUUAUUAACGCCUUGCUUAUUAUGUUCACUUUACUGCAUUUAUUUGAGAUACUCCUAGCUUUUAUACCAAGAGAUUAAGAACUGGUUAAACAAGUGGACUGUAACACAUGUUUAUCUCAUGUUAUUUGUAUGCUCUUUUUAGCAAUGAUUAUUUCUACUGUACUUCACGGCGUGUUAAAGACAUGGACCUAUCAUGAUAGAAACAAAAGUAAUAUUCCAUGUAUUUGUGUGUAACCCAAUCAGUUUUCAUACCAAUCUUAUACUUAACCCCUUUUACCUUUUUACCUUUUUGCUGAGUUGCAAUCAUAUUCUUACUGUCAAGCCUUGUUUUUUUUUCUUCUAAAGAAAAAUAAGUUUUAAGUACAUUUUGUCACUUUAUUCACAUAUGAAAUUGUCAUACCCCUGUCAAGCCUUUGUUUUUUUUUCUUCUAAAGAAAAUAAUAGUUUUUAGUAGAUUUCUAUCACAUUAUUUACUGAGAAGUUAGUAGUUGAUUAUAUUUCAGCAAUGAAUAAACCUUAAGUGUAA